AUGGGAAAAUCUGCAGACAAUGCUACAUUUCAUUCAAAUAUACCAGAAGCUGCAGACAUUGUUGUUGCAAUUGUAUAUUCUAUAUUUGGGAUCUGCUCCUUGUGUGGCAACAGCAUGCUCUUGUACGUCUCGUACAAAAAAAAGCAUCUGCUGAAGCCAGCCGAGUUUUUCAUCAUCAACCUCGCCGUCAGUGACCUGGGCAUGACUGUGACUUUAUAUCCACUAGCAAUAACCUCUAGUAUAUAUCACAGGUGGCUAUAUGGCAGGACUGUGUGCUUAAUCUAUGCUUUCUGCGGAGUGUUGUUCGGAAUCUGCAGUCUGACAACACUGACUGUGCUGAGCACCGUGUGCUGUAUGAAAGUGUGCUAUCCGCUGUAUGGGAACAGGUUCAACCACGAUCACGGGCGGCUGCUAAUCGCCUGCACCUGGGCGUACGCACUGGUGUUCGCCUGCUCGCCGCUGGCCCACUGGGGCGAGUACGGGCCCGAGCCCUACGGCACGGCCUGCUGCAUCGACUGGCACUCCUCCAGCACGCAGGCGGUGGCCAAGUCCUACACCGUGGCGCUCUUCCUCUUCUGCUACAUCGUGCCCUGCGGGGUCAUCGUCUACUCCUACACCCAGAUCCUGGUCACCGUCAGGGAGUCCAGGAGGGCCGUGGAGCAGCACGUCUCUGUGCAGACCCGCAUGAGCAACAUACAGACCAUCAUAGUGAAACUCAGCGUUGCAGUGUGCAUCGGGUUCUUCGCGGCGUGGAGCCCAUACGCCCUGGUGUCCAUGUGGGCGGCCUUCGGCCCCAUUGAAAACAUACCUCCGCUGGCCUUCGCGGUGCCGGCCGUGUUCGCCAAAUCUUCCACCCUCUACAACCCCAUCAUCUACCUGCUUCUCAAGCCCAACUUCAGGCACAUCAUGUGCAAGGACCUCAGGAUGCUGCAGAAGCUCUGCCUCGGACACUGCUUCUGGGUGAAGGGCCUGCGGAAGUGCAGCUACAGGUCGGUGAUCGAGGUCAGUCUGAAGUCCCUGAAGAGAAGGAACGAGUCCAGCUCCACAUCGAUGCACGUCGGGCCCGGGUGCUCAAACUGCAUGUGUGAGAAGUGCAACGACACCUUCGAAUGUUUCAGACACUACCCCAAAAGCUGCCAGGUGAACGUAAACACUGUGCAAUUCUGUCUUCAGGAAAGUGCCUCGCCCGAGCCGGAGCAGCUUCCAAAAAUCCGCCAGACUGCCAAGAAGUCUGUCAGAGUGGUCGUCCGGGGGAAAAAAAACUCUGAAAUUGACAGUCUGGAGAUAACCCUGGAGACGGUGCCAGCACAUGCAAAAUCUGUGUGUCUGUAA